AACCCCUUUCUCAAUCUGUCCACUUGCCCUCGAGUGCAGUUCUGUAACUGGUUAAUCUUCCUUUGCCCAAUACCCUCAAGGACAUUGGUCAUCAUUGUGUACGGCUGUCGAACACCACAAAAAGACCCUGGUCAAACCAUGGAAGACAUUGACACUCAUAGUGUCGAAGAAGAAACUGAUUUUGAAGGAUCUGCUAUGAACACAGGACCAAAGGGAGUUAUAAAUGACUGGAGAAAGUUUAAACUAGUGAGCGAAGACCAAGAAGCAAUCCCUCCAAAUAAAAAAGAAAUCCUCAGGCAAAUGUCCUCUCCCUACAAAUCACAGAGCAAAGAAGAAAAAGACGCAAGAGAAAGAUUUACUCGCAAGAUGAGCAUGCAAGAAUAUGAAUUAAUUCACGACAAGGAGGAUGAAAAUUGUUUGCAAAAAUAUCGUAAACAGUGUAUGCAGAACAUGCACCAGAGGUUGAGCUUUGGUCCAAAGUAUGGGUAUCUUUGUGAACUUAAGAGUGGGGAUGAGUUUCUGGAAGCUAUAGAGAAGGAGCAGAAGAGUACUACGGUUAUUGUUCAUAUCUAUGCUGACGAUAUUAAGGGCUGCGAGGCACUAAAUAAUUGUCUAACCUGUCUGGCUUUAGAGUAUCCAACCGUUAAGUUCUGUAAAAUAAAAUCAGCUGAUACAGGGGCUGGGGAGAGAUUUUCCAAAGAUGUCCUCCCAACUGUGCUUGUGUACAAGGCAGGUGAACUCCUCAGCAAUUUCAUUAGUAUUACUGAAAAUUUAAAUGAUGAAUUUUUUGCUGGGGAUGUGGAAUCUUAUCUGAACGAAUAUGGGCUUUUACCCGAAAGGGAUGCCCAGGGCUUAGCAAGCGGCAAUGGAGAAGGCGAUAUUGAAUAGUUUCAACAACCACUUACGCAACGUUCUAAAGGCCAGUCUGUAUUAAAAGGCAACGCCACAGAAAAGAGACAAUGGAAACUGUUGGGUACAUUUUAAUGGUUAUGUUAACCAAAGAAAACCUAUUUUUAU